AUGAUCACAGUCUCGAAACCUGGGAGUCGACACUGCCAGGUGCUCCAACCCGCGGAUGCGACUGUGCCCGGCCCCUUCCACAUCGACGGCAUCCCAUGCCUCCUCCCAACCAGGGAGCUGCGGGGCAUGCUGGCCGGGCUGGGCGUCCGGUUCCUGGUCCUCCCUGCAGUGGAAAGCGUGUGUGACAUGUGGUGCACCAACUUUGGCUUCGUGCCUCUCAGGCCCCUGGACGCCGAGGUCCUGGAGGAGCGAGUGAUCAUGCCCGACGGCGCAACGCUCCUGUGCAAGCCCUGCGACGAGCGUGCCAAGGGCGCGGACGAGAGCGAGGAGGAGGGGUUCGAUCCCGAGCGCGAUGCCUCUUGCGCCGAGGAGAGCGAGUCGGAGGGGGAGGGGGCCUUGGAGGCGGAGGCUCCAGACGACACAGCCGUGGCUGCAGUGGGUGCCGUGCGCCGCGCACUCCAGCAGGGACUGCACCUGCUCCACCUGCGGGACCAGUGA